UUGGCUUCCAGCUGGUGUGUUUGUGACGUUCAGGUGGCCUAGCAUAGCAAAAGGUCGGAUUCGGAGGGUAAUGUCGGACAGCGGGAGGCGGUUGGAGGAGCUGCGAAGCGAGGAGGCGCGGCUGGAGGCGGAGGAGCGUGCGCUUCGGGCGCUGGUUGCCGAGCAGACCGACGAGCGGACGAACGCCAUCCUCAAGAAGCAGCACAUCGACGCCUUGCACGAGUACAACGAGGUAAAGGACGCCGCUCAGGUCGUGCUCGGCGUCCUUGCCAACCACGAGCAGCUCACCAUCAAGCAGAUGCACCUCAAGUACCAACUACCCACCAAGGGCGACUAAAAAAUCUAAUUUUGAAUUUUGUAAUUAUUUGAAUUUGUAAAGAAAAUUUGAAUUGAAUAAAGAAUAAUAAAAAUAUAACUGAAAAUUAA